AUGGUGCGUUGCCGAAUAUCCAAGAUGAAACAUAGUGUCUUAGCCUGCUGUGUGAUGUGCUUAUUGCUAAUUUCCAUACAUGAUUUUUAUGAGCUGAAUGUAAGACCUGUGCGAUAUGAUGAUAUUUCUUCUUUUCCAAAAUAUGAUUAUGGAUUUUUCUUUCCGUUAGAAAUCGAUAUCCGAAAAAUGGUAGAAGAGAAAAUUCGAAACAACACGGAACCGGACUUUGCUCCGAUAAACAGACAUCCAUUCAGAUACAUUCAUCGGCCAGCAAGUUGCUCCUUCAAUUCCACGUCCCAUACACGUUUAAAAUCUGAGGACUCUCCAAACUUAUUAGUUCUAGUCAAGUCUGCUGUCAAGAAUGAUCGCCUUCGAAUGACCAUACGAAUGACUUGGGGCAAAAUUAAAAGACCAAAUGUUAAAGUUGUGUUUUUGCUUGCACACUCAGCUGCUUCGUCGCAGUUCAUUUCAAUGGAGUCGUACACUUACCGUGAUAUCGUACAGGAGGAUUUUAUCGAUAGUUAUAACAACAACACAUACAAAACUAUUAUGGGAUAUAACUGGGCUGUGAAAUACUGCGCCGAAGCGGACUUCUUUUUGUUUGUAGAUGAUGAUCAUUUUGUAAAUAUACCAAAAGUACUUCUCUACGCCAAGUCAAUUCCAGUAAACGAACGUAAAAUGUUGCUUCGCGGAAGAAAAGUUAUCAGCGCAAAACCAAGUAGAGAAGAUUCAAAAUGGGUUAUAUCUAAAUCGGAUUUUCCAUUCCAUUUGUUUCCGCCGUACCCAGCAGGCGGAGCCUACCUGACGUCCUAUAAUUGUGCUCUUCGUUUCGUGCAUGCGUUUCCGUAUGUUGAGUUCUUUUGGAUAGAUGACGUGUAUUUAGGUAUAGUUGCAUACAAACUCAACGUCACAAUACAUAACGUGAAACAGUUUUUCACACACGAAGAAAAUCCAUCUUUAGAUGAAAAAGGCUUCUUCGCCCAUUUUAAUAAUCACGAUGUUGAGGACAUGGUCAAGGCGUGGCAACGUGCGAAAGUCAAGUAUGUGUGA